CCGCAGUGUCAAGGCCAGAAGAUCCGUCCCGUGCAGUGUCACUGGGGCAGGGUCUGUGACUGACGCCAUCAUGUCUACCGGAAGAUUCCUCCACUUCGCCUAUGCCAGCAACAUGCUGAAGGAACGCAUGCUCUGCUACAACCCUAUGGCGUUAAAGAUAUUUAGGGGUCCUGCCAAGUUGGAGAAUUACCGUCUGGCAUUUUGCCGUGAUUGGCCGUUACCAGGAGUCUGGCAAGGACCAACAGCUAAUCUCCGGAAGUCACCAGGCAGCCAUGUUUGGGGGGUGAUCUGGGAACUGGAAGACAAUGUGAAGGCCGAAUUGGAUAGUCAAGAAAAUACUCACCAAGGACUCGACCUGGAGGUGACUGACCUUCAGGGUAACAAGUUCAUAUGCUACGGCUUUGCUAUGCGUGAAGGUCAAGGUCAGGAGGAGCUCCCUUCACCGCAGUAUAAGGACGUAAUAGUGCGUGGAGCUCAACAGAGCAACGUUCCGGAGGAGUACAUUCAAACUCUGAAGGGUCUGCAAGACAACGGCUUUAGCGGUCGUGUUGCCGUGUAUGAAGACGUCCUGGCGAUACUGAAAAGGCAGCCUUGACAAUAACGUGGAAGUCGACACAGUGUUACUGUGGCAUAUAUUCCCGUCGAGGUCAUAUUUAGAUGGUAACAGUGAAAUGGACUAUAUUGGGCACAGCUUGUUACUAGGAUUGACGGAUACUAUAUAAAGUUAAUUCACCUAAUUUUUCAGAUCAAUAUAUAUUGUAUAUUAUUAUAGAUAUAUGUCACAUUAUCUCAAGCCCAAUAAUUUCCAAGUGUUGUUCUAAAGUUGCCUUGUAUUUUACAAUACAAUUACAACAGUAAGUAUACUGCUUCUUGUAUUCUGUUAUAGACACAUGUUAGGAGACUUGAAAGCGGUAUUCCACUGUGUGAGUGUGUAUAUGAAGAACCGGGACUUAGAAUUACUAGACUCUAUAUCACAACUGGGUCGCUUCUCUCAGGCACUGCUAAACGCGGUUAUUUAGUAAAUUUUGUUUAUUUUUGUUUCUGAAACUUAGUACGAAUGACAUGUAUUUUAACGGCAUUACUACUAGCCUUUGUUUUCGCUUCAUUCACACAUUGCAUCUUUUAGCCUUUGGUGUGCGUUUCCUCAGUAUGGAUACUUAAUAAAGGACAUCUACUCUACGAAAACACUCGUCUAAUAAUCUAUUUUUUUUUUUAAAAAGUCUGAAUACAGAGCACCGGGAACAAGUACGCGAUGUCUGCAGUAACUGGUGGCGGCUUGCUCUACUUACCUGCAUUUAUAU